CUCUGCAUCAUCUUGCGUUGCUCUACUCUUCAAAGUCGCAAAAUAAAUCGAUGACACGUGCACAACCCUUGUUCCUGUAUCCCUUCACAUCGCUCGUCGAUUCAGACUUCCAAUAUGGUGUCUGAAUCGAAUCAUUGAUGAAUGAAGCGCUAUUCCAUCCUUCCAACAAUGUCUAGACGAUGACACAAACAAAGGCACUAGCCUGCGUUGCUUGUAGACAGCGAAAGCUCCGUUGCAAUCGCCAGACCCCCUGCGCAAACUGCACAAGAUCCGGAUCAACAUGCGUGCCGGGGAGCACGGCCCAACGACAACGGAAACCCAGAUUCCCUGAACGACAGCUCCUCAAUUGUAUACGCUCGUAUGAGUCGCUACUGCGUCAGCACAAGAUACCGUUCCAACCACUGCACGACAAAACAGCCGUCCAGCCGUCUGAUUCGGCUGAGAACACCCCAAGCGCGGAAGUGAAGCUCUCCAGUCCGUCGAUUGGAAGCGAAGCCGCUGCAACGCCCGGAGUCAAGAAUUUUUGGGACACUAUCAACCGUGGCUUCCGGGAUGGCGACAGUGCCGGCAACUCGGAAGAAGACGCAGUACCCGAAAGUGCUGUCAAGAGGGAGUGGGAUCAAUUCUCACCGGAUGGCGACCAGCUUCUCUUUGGUCCUCGCUCUCCUGUCGUGGAUCUUACCACAGCACAUCCUACACCAGUGGAGAGCUUCAAGCUUUGGCAGAUUUACUUGGAUAAUGUGAAUCCGUUGCUGAAGGUCACGCACACGCCCACGUUACAAGGCCGCUUUGUCGAAGCGAUCGGUGAUAUCAAAAGCAUCACUCCUUCCUUGGAAGCUCUCAUGUUUAGCAUCUACAGCAUAGCCAUCCUGAGCCUUACCGAUCAAGCAUGUGAAGACAACUUUGCUGCUGCGCGGCAAGAACUCCUACAGCGAUUUCAGCUUUCGUGUCAACAGGCAUUGUGGAAGUGCAACUUUCUCAGAUCCGAUCAUCGGGAUAGUCUCACAGCCUUGUACCUUUAUCUUGUCUCCAUCCGGUCGAAAGUGGCGCCUCAAGCUCUCACUUGCAUGCUUGGAGUCGCAAUCCGGAUCUCUCAGCGCUUUGGUAUCGAUAGUGAAUCGUCGUUGGCCACGAAAACUCCCUUCGAGGCUGAAAUGUGGCGGAGGUUGUGGUGGGCGCUGGCAAUAUACGAUGCAAGGGUCCAAGAACUCGCCAGUGUCAAGGCUUCGACUCUCAAUCCGAUCUGGGACUGUGCAGUUCCUCUAAACACGAACGACUCCGAUCUUCGACCCGAAAUGAAAGAAGCAUCGCCAUCGCAGAACACGCCAAGCGAAUCCAUACACGUGGUUGUGCGUAGUGCGAUUGCUCAUGGUCUCCGACAUACUGCUUUUCAUCUCGACCUUACCCGACCAAUACUGAAAAGUCUCGAGCACAAGGCUUCAUACGGCUCCGAAAUUGAAGAGCUGCAAGAUCGGAUUGAAAGCCAGUACCUCAGGCACUGUGACAAGUCCAACUCAGUUCACUUCAUGACAAUCUGGACGGCAAGAACAUACCUCACCAAACUCCGUCUCCUAGAAUGCCAGUCACUAUAUCUCACCUCCACAACUGGUCCUUCCAAUCAACAGCUCGAAGAGAUGGCCAACCUUGCACUCCGUGUUCUGGAGUGUGAUACAACCGUCAUGACCUCCCCUUUGACAACAGGAUUCGUAUGGCUGAAUCACGCCAACUUCCCAUUCCCAGCAUACCUACACCUGCUCCAAGAUCUCAAGAAGCGGCCAGGCACGAAGCACGCUCAACAAGCUUGGGAGACAAUGAGCGCCAACUUCGACACCUGGUUCGGCGCACGAUUCCGGCCGGAUAGCCCUUUCUUCCGCAUUUUCGCAAGGCUUGUGUUGAAGGCUUGGGAAGCUGGGGAAGCGGUUCGCAAUGGGACAGGCGGCGGGAAAUAUGUGCUGCCAAAGUUCGUUGGUAUCAUUCGAGAUGCGCAAGAUGAGGAUGUGCCAGCCGCAUCAGAUGCUACAGCCAACACGCAGACCGGCUACGGGAGCGGCAUCGAGAAUCUCCAAACCACCAUGCCAGUGUCUGUGAAUCUUGAGGGACCAUACAAGCACGCGGAUUGGAUCGGCUACUACGAGUUGGCAUGGCCAGACAUGUAUAACGACACAUUAGGCACUAAUGUUCCGGCGGCUGAGAUGAUGAGCUUCGACUGGGCUGGGAUGAGAGGAUGGUCUGGCUCUGGAUACGGAUGAGUCCGUACCCUCGCAGGGUGGCUUUGUCUAUGGAGUGACAUCCUCCACAGAACCUCUACUUCCUCACACUAA